AUGGAAGAAGAUGGACCUGUGAUGUUGGCGACGGUGGUUCCGGAGAGGGUGGAGCUUGGGCCGGAGCUCACAGACAUUGCUAAGUUGCAGAAAGAAUUAACUGAUGUUCUUGCCUCUACCUGGUCAUACAAACCUCAUACAGCACCACAUCGAGACUACACCCAGGGUAGUGGCAGAAGCUCCAGCCGUGGGAUAAAGAUGGAGCCUUACCUGGGUGAAUCCUCUGGUGCUCUGACAAACACCACCAAUGCCACUGUGACACCAGGAGUGGCAUUCCACGUUAAGGUGGUGAUGGAACGAUUAGCCGUGAUAGCUGUGCUUGUGUUGCUAACACUAUUGACGGCUAUCGUGAACGCUGCAGUUAUCGUGGCCAUUUGUGCCACCAAGAAGCUCCACCUCCCUGCAAACUACCUCAUCUGCUCAUUGGCUGUCACUGACUUCCUGGUGGCGGUGCUGGUUAUGCCCAUUAGCAUCAUCUACAUCACUUUGGAGACGUGGUCACUGGGGCAGAUAGUGUGUGAGGCGUGGCUAAGCGUCGACAUUACCUGCUGUACCUGUUCUAUUCUGCACCUGUGUGUGAUAGCGCUGGACCGCUACUGGGCCAUCACGAAAGCCAUUGAAUAUGCAUGCAAGAGGACAGCUCGCCAUGCAGCCAUUAUGGUGGCAACCGUGUGGGUGAUUUCCAUCUUCAUCUCCAUGCCGCCUCUGUUCUGGAGGAAUCGUGGGGAUGGUGGCAGUCCACCACAAUGUAUCAUAGAGCACGAUCAUGUGGGCUACACUAUUUUUUCCACAUUUGGCGCGUUCUACAUCCCCAUGACUUUGAUCCUUAUCCUCUACUACCGCAUCUAUAAUGCUGCCAAGACACUGUACCAGAAGCGAGGAUCCUCGCGCCACCUCAGCAGCCGCAGCACCGACAAUCAGAACUCGUUCAACCACUGUCGGAUCACCCAUGCUUUCUGCGUCUCGGUUAUUUCCACCUCCGACCCUACCAUAGAAUUUGAACGAAACAAUGCCACUUUUCACAUUCCGUCGUUCGAUAUGGAAAUGCCAGAGAACGAUGAAAGGAAUCAGAUCUGUACAUCGAGGGAGAGGAAGGCAGCACGCAUUUUGGGGCUUAUCCUGGGCGCCUUCAUGCUGUGCUGGCUUCCCUUUUUUCUCAAAGAGCUGCUGGUGGGAUUGAAGGUGUUAAAUCCCUCCCCUCAUGUAUCGGACAUCCUCACCUGGCUGGGCUACGUAAACUCCCUCAUUAAUCCGCUACUGUACACCAGCUUCAACGAGGACUUUAAACAGGCUUUUAAGAGACUGAUCAGGCACAAAGAGUACAUAUAG